UCAAAGGAUAGAAUGGUAAUAUUUUGCUGGAAAAGGUUGCUUCUUCAUUCUAUAUAAAUAGGUCCAUUGAUUGCCGUAGACACACCAACCUACCAAAACAUGAUGAAAUCUGGACUAAAUUGUUCGGUGUUCCUCUUGGUUCUUUCUCUAACCUUUUGUGUUUCAUUUGGAGCAUUGUCCUCCAUCUUCGAUGUUUCUCCAACUUCUGAAGAUUUCAUAACCUGUCUCGAAUCCAACUCCAACAAUGCCACCACCAUCUCUAAACUCAUUUUCACCCCGGUUAACUCUUCUUACUUACCGGUUUGGCAAGCUGCUGCUGACCCUAUUCGGUUCGACAACCCCUGCACUCGUAAACCAUCAGUCAUCGUUACUCCCACCACCGAAACGCAAAUCCAAGCUGCUCUUUUCUGUGCCAAGAAACAGGGGUACGAGAUGCGGAUCCGGGACGGGGGGCAUGACUUUGAGGGCCUCUCAUACACUGCGAAUGUUCCAUUUGUAAUGCUUGAUCUCGUCAACAUGAGGGCUAUAGACGUCAACGUUGCAAACAGGACCGCAUGGGUCCAGGGUGGCGCUGUGCUUGGUGAACUCUAUUACACUAUUUCUCAGUUAACCGACACCUUGUAUUUUCCGGCUGGUAUUUGGGCGGGCGUGGGCGUUAGCGGGUUCUUGAGUGGUGGUGGAUAUGGAAACCUGUUAAGGAAAUACGGGCUCGGUGCCGAUAAUGUUUUGGAUGUUCGUUUCAUGGAUGUUAAUGGAAAUAUUCUUGAUAGGAAAUCGAUGGGCGAAGAUUUGUUUUGGGCGAUUCGUGGCGGUGGUGCCUCCAGUUUCGGAAUAGUUCUUUCGUGGAAGCUGAGGUUGGUUCCUGUCCCGGAAAGAGUUACUCUUUUCACGGUGAAUAUAACUCUGGAGCAAGGUGCUACGGAUAUUUUCCAUAAAUAUCAAUACGUGUUACCAAAAUUUGAUCGUGAUUUACUCAUCAGAGUUCAAAUUAACAGUGAAAAUAUAGGCAACACGACCAAGAAAACCGUAAGACUAUUGUUUGACGGUCUUUAUCAGGGCAAUAUUGACACGCUGCUUCCGUUGUUGAACCAAAGUUUUCCCGAGCUCAAUGUGACACGAGAAGUUUGUAAAGAAGUACGAAUGGUCCAGACCACCCUUCAAUUUGGAGGCUUUACCACCUCCACCCCGCCCGAGGUUCUUGCGAACCGAUCAGCCAUCCCCAAGCUGAGCUACAAAGGCAAAUCAGACUAUGUCCGGACUCCAAUUCCCAAAAGCGGGCUCAGAAAGAUAUGGAGAAAGAUUUUACAAAAUGACAAGUCAGAGACUCUGUUCAUGUACACGUUUGGGGGAAAGAUGGAGGAGUACUCGGAAACAGCAAUCCCGUAUCCUCAUAGAGCUGGAGUGUUGUACCAGGUUUUCAGGAGGGUGGACUUUAUAGAUCAGCCUUCGGACAAGACCGCGAUAUCGCGCAGACGGUUAGCUUGGAUCCGAAGUUUUGAUAAGACUUUGGAACCGUAUGUAUCCAAGAAUCCGAGGGAGGCUUAUUCGAAUUACAAUGAUCUUGAUUUGGGCGUUGGAAGUGCUACAUAUGAAGAAGCAAGUGUUUGGGGAGAGAGGUACUGGAAAAGAGAGAAUUUUAAGAAGUUGAUUCGAAUCAAGGCUAAAGUUGAUCCAAAGAAUUUCUUUAGACACCCACAAAGUAUACCAGUGUUCUCAACACCUUUUUCAGAUAUGUGAAACUAGCUCAUGGUUUUGUUUUUUUUUUUUUUUUUCUUGAAUAAAUUGGUAAGAAUUAUAGGAGUUAAGAUCAAUUUCCUUUGGUUAGAGCCUUAUAUACCAAUAACUGAAUCUUUUUUUUUUAAAUUCCUAAGAAGUUUAAAUCAAGCUAUUAUGUAUUGAAAUUUGAAAGACAGAUCCCUUUACAAUAUACUAGUAUUUAGUAUUUACGCGUUGUGAUCCCACUAUUAAAAACGUUGAAUCACGCACAAGUACUAGUAACUCGCAAACGCUUUUCCCUUUCUCUUUCCACGCUACCAGCAACACCCCUAAGCCGCCACUGCUACCACCAAAACCCCUUCAACACCGUUACCACCAACACCGCCAGAAUGUCGCUACAACCAACACCGCCAGACCCGCUGCAACCACUACCUCCACCGAACCACCGCUAACAACACCACCAGACCAGCUGCUAC